AUGGCUAGAGGAUCUGCCCCAGGAACCGAAACUAUAUCUUCCCCCCACUCGCCUAUCCAUCUGUCAACAGUCCUCAACUCUCCACGCAACUCUUCAAGAGCAAUGCCUUCUACCACUAUUUCCACUUCUCGAACACAGAACAACAAGGCUUCAUCUAGGAAGACUACCACCACAAUGCGCCGGACCAACACUCAAACGGAGAUCCCUCUCCCAAUUACCUAUACUCCUACCACUCAUCGCAUCAGUAAAGCGAAGAAGGGUAAAAGGGUACACGCCUGCGAGUUCCCAGGUUGCAACAAGGUCUUCACCAGAGCGGAACAUAGACGGCGACAUGAACUCAACCACAAUCCUGAGGCAGUGUUCCGUUGCACCCACCCAGGAUGCAAAAAGGCGUUUCACCGUCCUGACUUAUUGUCGCGUCAUGUAGAAAGACAUGAUAUUGAGACUCAGAUGAACAACGCGCAAUGGAGCCGACAGAGUCACAUCCCAAUGGUAUCUGAAACUCAUUACUUGCCCAAGGCCGCACCUGUUGAUCACAAUGCGGGUCACUACCUGGCUGCAACUCAACCAACGACUUCUAUGUCAAUUGGAUCCCUCGUGGCACCACCUAUUCAUCCAGACCUAGCAAACGACACUGGUUACAUGUGGAUGGGGAUGAACAUGCCGUCAGAGCACCAAACACCUCUCUAUUCCCCACACCACAUUCAUGAAUCCAUCGAGGAUAGCCAAUUUUACUCGAGCCCAGAGGCUUGCCCUUCUCCUUCUUCAGACGGUGCAACAUUAUCUAUUCCGUCCCACCCUCGGUCUUCUAUCGCUUCAACGCCUACAGCGGUUGCCGACCAAUACCCGGAACCCAUCAUUGAGAGCGAGUUAACAUCCUCACCAAUGUCUAUGCAUGCAAGCUUGCGGUGUUGGGACCAAUCAGAAGGGCCAUUGGCUACGCCAAGCUAUGCACCUGUCCCUUUGAACGAUGUAAGCCAACCGCAGUCUACAGCCAACAAUAGAAAGCUGACUAGUGAACAGCCUUUUCAAUGCCAAUAUCCGUCACCAACCUGGCCAGCAGCACAUCACUUCAACUAUGACGAGCCCGCGCUUCCAUCUGGGACACAGUUCCCUCCUCCAGUGUCCUGGAAGUCAUUCACGAUUUGAGGCCAAUGUAGAACUCAUGAUGACGAUAAACCAAUCACACACACUACCACUGAGACACGUUGGCGCAAAACCUUCCAAUCUUGGUUCUACUGUACAAUUUUACCUGGGUACGAUGCCCCUUGUUGCUGAGCACAUUAUACCACCAAUAAGCGAGAGGCACUCUGGAGGAAACUCGCUCGAAGAAACCGGGAACGGAUUUAACGUCAUCUCACCUGCUGUACCACAAGAAAUACAACAGCCCAGAUCCCCAGAAACGAUCAAGAUUACACAAGCCGUUAUCAUCUCAGGACGGACUUCCACUGGCUGAAAUCAAGAUGGACCCCACGAGAUCUAUUCCCGGUAUUCUAAAAAUGGCUCCGA